UGUGUGUGACUCUGUGUGUGUGUAUGUGCGUUCUGUAGAUGUCUCCGUCCUCCUCCAGACGUCCUCGUUGCCCUUGUCGACAGUGGACCCCAACCCCUCCUCACCUCCUCUGAACCACAUCACGGUUGCUAUGAGACAGCCGUGGGCGUGGCAGGGCACAGCGGCUCCGCCCAUCUCCCUGGCCUCAAGCCACGCCCCCACAACCCAGGAUGCAACAGGGCCAGUGAGGAGACAACAGCUGGCUCAUGAGACGCAGAAGGAGCAGUGUGUCGACAGGAGGUGCAUCAGUCUGGCCUGGGAGGUGCCUAGCACCUCUUCUGCUCCUCUCAGUCCUGUGCUCCUCCAGGCCUCCCAGCCAGCAGGAGGCUCUUCUGACGCUCCUCCCUCCUCAGUCAGCACCAAGCUGUCCGGCCAGCGGGCCUACCUGCAGAGCCUGGACCGCAGCAGCAGAGCCUGGGUGCUGUCCUCAGGAAAGACCCAGGCUUCAGACGAGACCUGCGGCCUGCAGCCUGAGAGCGGCAGCAACAUCUGGUACAACCCCAUCCCCGAGGAGGAGGACCCUGGAGGGCCCCGCAGGGAGGAGGGGGACCCCCGAGGGCCCCACAGGGAGGAGGAGCACCCCAGAGGGCCCUGCAGGGAGGAGCAGCACCCCAGAGGGCCCUGCAAGGAGGAGCAGCACCCCAGAGGGCCCUGCAGGGAGGAGGGGGACCCCCGAGGGCCCGGCAGGGAAAUUGAGGUGUGGAGGAGGAGGGACGACAGAGAGGAGGGAGGAGCAGACUGUCGAGCGGAGGACGCCAACCCCAGCAUCAGCCACUUCGCUGAUGACAUCACAGCAGAGACAACAGACCCUGCCCACUCAGACUCUAGCCCCGCCUCUCAAAAGAAAGGGGGAGUGUCCGGCAGCGUGAUGGACCGGCUGAGGUCUCCAGGUACGGUGAGGAAACUCUCCCUGAAGAUGAAGAAACUUCCCGAGCUGCGACGCAAACUCAGCCUUCGUUCUUCCUCCCGCGCCCAUCGCCAGGGAAAUGACAGCAGGGUCGGCGCCGACGAGUCCACCAGUAAGAAUGCAUCAUCAUCAUCAUCAUCGUCUGCUCUGUCCAAUCAGAAUGUGAUCAGCAGAUAUCACCUGGACAGCACCGCCCCUCCAGCCAGACCACGGCGGCGAUCAUCGAGAGGACGGUCGGCCAAAGGAGGUUACCUCAGUGAUGGAGACUCUCCUGAACUGCUGCCACGGCAACAAGCUCCUCCCAGCACAACCUCCCCAGAAACGUUCUGUGACGUCAGCUCAUUCAGACUGUACGCGGGCUGUGAUCUGUCACGGUGCAGCCAGCGGGUGACAGGUUUACUGACGGUCCACCUGCUGGGUCUGGAGGAGAUGAAGAGCAGCAGGUCUGAGGACAGUAAGGAGGUCUUCUUGGCGAUCCAGAUUGAUGGGGUGACCAGAGCGAGGACUGCCCUGCUGAGCCUGCGAGGCUCCACCCUCCCGCUGAACCACGCGUUCAACCUGGAGCUAGAGCGGGCGCGGCUGCUCCGCAUCGUGGUCCUAACACCAG